AUGAUGCAACGAAAUUGGUAUCGAUUUGACUUUGCUCUUGCUACUAAGCUAGCAGACUAUCUGGGUAAAGAGCGAAAAUUUUCUAAGUGCCGCGAAGUAUUUGAUGAUAUUAUCAAUCAAGGCCGUGUUCCUAGUGAGUCAACAUUCCAUAUAUUGGUUGUUGCGUAUCUUAGUGCUCCUGUUCAAGGUUGUUUAGACGAAGCAUGUGGCAUUUAUAAUCGAAUGAUUCAGUUGGGUGGUUACCAACCCCGUCUUAGCCUACAUAAUUCCCUCUUCAAAGCUCUUGUGAGCAAUCCGGGGAUCUUGUCAAAGCAUUACCUUAAGCAAGCUGAGUAUAUACAUCAUCAUUUGGUUACAACCGGACUUGAUGUGCAGAAAGAUAUUUAUGGGGGCCUAAUUUGGCUGCAUAGCUACCAGGAUUCCAUAGAUAAAGAAAGGAUAGCAGAAUUACGGCAAGCAAUGCUACGUGCUGGAUAUGAAGAAGAUAGAGAGGUGCUACUAUCAAUCUUGAGGGCCUGUGCAAGAGAAGGGGAAGUGGAGGAAGCAGAGAAAACCUGGGUCAAACUUCUCAAGUUUGAAAGUGACCUCCCAGCUCUGGCUUUUGUGUAUAAAAUGGAAGUAUACUCCAAGGUUGGUAUGCCUAUGAAGUCAUUGGAAAUAUUUAGGGAGAUGCAGUCGAAACUGGCUAAAGCAGAUGUUGCAGCAUAUAAUCAAAUAAUAGAGAUAUUAUGCAAAGCACAAGAAUCAGAAUUGGCAGAAUCGAUAAUGGCAGAUUUUGUCAAGAGUGGUCUGAAGCCCCUUACACCAUCAUAUGUGUUUUUACUAAGCAUGUACUACAAUUUGGAGUUACAUGAUAAAUUAGAAGAAGCGUUCUCCCGGUGCCUGGAAAAAUGUCGUCCUAAUUGUACUAUAUACAGUAUAUAUCUCGAUUAUUUGGUGAAAAUAGGUAACACUGACGAGGCUGAGGAUAUAUUUAACCAAAUGAACAGUGACGCGACUAUUGGUGUUAAUGCUCGAUCAUGUAACACCAUCUUAAGUGGAUACCUGUCAUCAGGAAAUCACUUAAAAGCUGAGAAGAUCUACGACUUUAUGUGUCUAAAAAAGUAUGAAAUCGAAUCCCCAUUAAUGGAAAAGCUUGAUUAUAUCCUGAGCUUGAAAAGGAAAGUUGUUAAAAGACCAAUAAGCCUGAAGUUAAGCAAAGAGCAGAGAGAAAUCUUGAUUGGGUUGCUUUUAGGUGGUUUGCGGAUUGAUUCUGAUGACCAAAGGAGGAAUCACAUUAUUCACUUUGAUUUUGAUGGCAAUUCGGGCAGCCAUUAUGUCCUGAAGAGUCAUAUUUUUCGCCAGUUUUAUGAAUGGUUGCAUCCUACUUGUAAGCCAAGUGAUAACAGUGAAAAUGUACCAGAUAAGUUUUGCACUAUUGCAAGCUCUCAUUUUGGCUUUUAUGCAGAUCAGUUUUGGGCAAAAGGUGAAUCUACAAUUCCAAAACUAAUCCAUAGGUGGUUGUCACCGUGUGUUCUUGCAUACUGGUACAUGUAUGGUGGUCAUCGAAAUUCAUCGGGAGAUAUUUUGCUGAAAAUUAAGGGAAGUCGUGACGGUGUUGAGAACAUUGUCAAAAAGUUUAAAGCCAUGUCCAUGGAUUGUAAAGUCAAGAGGAAAGGAAGGGUAUUUUGGAUUGGUAUUUUGGGAAGCAAUUCAACUUGGUUCUGGAAAUUGGUUGAGCCGUAUAUUAUACAAGAUAAAGAUUUUCCUGAAGCAGGUCAUGAGACGAAGGAGCAGGAUGCAAUGGAAACCAAAGACAUUUACUUCAACAGUGAUUCAGAUGAAUGA